AUGUCUCGUCAGACUGCUCGAGGGAGUCAAACUUCACGCGAUCACGUCGAAAGAAUCCUCUCAGAGCUUCACGAACGCAAUAUUGAGCGCGAGCUAGACAUCAUCCAGUACUCAAACGUGGCCCCGCACGAGAUCGACGAUGAGUCAACUAACACGCCACUGAUGGAUCAUUUUAGGAAACUAGGAGGCUCAAGUGCCAAGAGUACUGAGUGAGGGUUAGCCUCUCUGAGAUGCAACGUUUUGCCGAGCGACACUGCAUAUAUUUUUAUAUUGUGUUUAACAUGG